AUGAUCUUUAAAAGCCGGGUCGACAACAGUGAAUAUCACUUCCAAGUACUAAACAAUGGAAUCAGAGCGUUGAUCAUACGAAACGACAUAUUCACUAAGGCAAGCUGCGCCCUCUCAGUCGGUGUUGGAUCUUUCGACGAGCCAGAUGAUAUUCCAGGACUAGCUCAUUUUUUGGAGCAUAUGCUCUUCAUGGGAACCGAGAAGUAUCCAGGUGAAAACAUGUUCUUUGAGUUUAUAAGCCAGCACAAUGGGUAUAGCAAUGCUUUUACCUGUGACGAGCACACUACUUACUAUUGCGAUGUUGACUCCGCUUAUCUAGAGCAGAUGGCUGACAUGUUUUCACAGUUUUUUAUUUCUCCACUUUUCAAGAAAGAUACUGUUGAAAGAGAAAUAAGCGCAGUAGACUCUGAAUAUUUAAAUUCACUUAAUAGCGAAGGAUUCAGGAUGGGAGCACUGUGCAGUGAACUAGUCAAGGAGGGUCGAGUUGAAGGAAGAUUUAGCUGUGGAAAUGCAGAAACACUUAGACAGAAAAAUAUUCUUGAAGCAGUUGUUAAUUUCUGGAAAACGAAGUACUCCAGUAAUUUGAUGAGUCUGAUUAUUUGUGGGUCGGAAAGCUUGGAAAAACUCAAGGAAAUAUCUGUGCUUUUUGAAGCUAUUCCAAACCUUAGUAUUAUCAAGAAAGUCGAUGAAGCUUCAAGCAAUUGUUCUCUCGCGGUAGAUCUAUUCAAAUCUGAAGUUCUUUCAAAAAUAGUUCAUUUCAAGCCCCUGUGUGACAAAAAGGAAUUAACAGUCAUUACAAUGCUUUCACCUCUACGUGAGCAUUUCAAGCUUAACCCUCUUGGAUACAUCAAACAUCUCUUCACCAGGAAAGAGCCUAAUGGUCUUCUUUCGAGACUCAAAAAUGAGCAAUUAUCAUUUGAUGUAUGCUUUGAGUAUACUUACUACAACAAUUAUACCGAAGUCAAAAUGGAUAUUAGUCUUACAGACAAAGGGUUUAAGCAUCAUUGUAGAAUCCUGAGCAUUGUCCACGAGUUUCUCUCAAAUUUAACAGUGGACGAAGAUGAGUAUGCACGAUUGGGUAGAUUGCUGAGCGAAGAGUUUGAUUUUAAGCAGAUUGAUACCCCAAUUAAAAUAGCAGAGUGUGUAAGCACUGAUAUCUUGUACUAUCCCAUCGAAUAUGUACUAAAGUAUGCCUAUAUUUCUGAAAGGUUCGAUAGCAACUUGAUCAAUAGCUGCAUUGCUAAUAUUUCCAACAGAAACAACUGGGUAAUUCUACUUUCUGAUCCAAACGGGUCCUUUGACUCUAAAGACAAGUACUAUGGAGUGGAGUAUAUGGUGCAUGAACCUAAUAAUCAUCCCAGCGGGGAAAGCUUAGACAGCAGUGUACCAAACACUAAGGUUUCUAAUGACAGUCUUGUAGCUAAUUUCCUUGAAAAUAUUGAAGUUAUUGAGUCGGGAAAUAGAUUUUUGAAGAGGAAAAAAUAUGAAAAUGGAGAGGUAAACCUUGUUUUUGACAGCAAGUUCAAGGUUCCAAAGGCUGAAUUAAGCAUCAUUUUCUCAUCUGAAGAGAUCAGAAAUGACCCUCUGGCAUAUGAAGUUUGUUUUUCAAUACUUGCAGACAUGUUCAAUGAGAAGUUUGACAGACAGUUGGCGAAUGCACAUGUUACACUAUCAACAACUAUUGGCAUACAUGGUGUCAUGGUCAAACUUGAAGGAUUUUCAACUAAAAUGGUCUCCAUGGCCAAAAUGUUCUUUAAAACUUUAUUUGAUUCAAACGAAACAAGUACAAAAGAUGCUUUAAUCUCAGACGAUAGGUUUGAGGUUGUCAGACAGGAAAUUCAGAAUCGGUACUCAAGCAUAAUUGUUAAAAGCCCAUUUAAAAGACUGUUUGAGGUGUUCUCUAACAGAGUGACUUCAUCAAAGUCUACUGAAGAGCUUUUUAGAGCAAAUUAA